AUGUUGCUUGAUCUUCCCUCAGCCCUUGGUUUUCCCAAGGGCAUGCACCCUGUCCUAGCCACCAACGGCCUGAUUGCAGGAGAUGAGGAUGCGCUUGGAAGGCUACGACUCAUUGGCGUCGUCCCCGCUGUCGUUUCCACGCUGGUAGGCGGUAUUCCGCUGCGUCUUGGAGACUUUCCCCCCACCAAUGCUGCGUAUCAAUCCAACAACAACGGCUUGUUCAGCGCCAAUGCAAAGUGCACCAUCGUGCCGGAUGUCCUCUCUGGGCCGGGGCUCUACCCAGAAGCCGUCGAUAUGACAUUCGUCACCGCGCCAACACCUCGUUACUCCAUCAAGGUCCUAAACAGUAUCAUCGACUAA